AUGGCAAUUUGUCGUUGGGCUGGUAUUUCGGAUCUUUUUAUUACCAUGAUGUGUAACCCAAAAUGGCAUGAAAUUCAACGGCAUUUGCAGGAAAACACAGUGGGUCACUUAGUAUCUGAAAGACCUGAUAUUGUUGCACGGGUAUUUAAGAUCAAACUUGAUGAGCUCAUGAAAGACAUAAGGAAAAAGCAUCAUUUUGGUGUUCCUAAAGCGGUUCUUUACACAAUAGAGUUUCAAAAAUGUGGUCUGCCACAUUGCCACAUUCUUGUGUUUCUUAGUCAAGCUGAUAAAAUUUCUUCACCGGAUGAAAUUGAUAGAUUUAUAUCUGCUGAGCUGCCUUCUGAAUCGGGUGACCCAAUCGGUUUUUUAAAUGUUGGUACUCAUAUGAUGCAUGGUCCAUGUGGAAACCUUAGACCUUCGAGUCGUUGUAUGAAUGAUGGCAAAUGUACUAAUGGAUUUCCGAAGAGUUAUUGUGACGAAAAUUUUAUUAGAAAUGAUGGGUGGUCGUCGUAUCGACGACGUAAUAACUCACGUAAAGUUCAUGUUGGUCGGCAAGAUAUUAUGCUAGAUAAUGGAUAUGUUGUUCAUUAUAAUCGUGCGUUGCUUAUAAAGUAUGGUUGCCAUAUCAAUGUUGAAUGGUGUAACCAAGGAAUGUUGGUUAAAUAUCUUUUCAGCUAUAUUAACAAAGGUCAAGAUCGUGCUACCGCAGUAUUGGAAGGUCAAGCUGCAAUGUCAAAGUUUACUGAAUGGAUGGCUGCAAAUGAAAGGUAUGACUUUGGCCGGAAAUUGACGUAUGCCGAAUACCCAACUUUGUUUACAUGGCAUGAGAAGGAAAGAGUGUGGGAGCCCCAUAAAGGUUUAUUUCAAACUAUUGGACGUAUAUAUUAUGUAAGUCCUACGAUGGGUGAAAAGUAUUAUCUUAGAAUGCUAUUAAAUGUUGUGCGUGGUCCGAGAGGUUUUAAAGAGAUUCGAACUGUUGACGGGGUGGAACAUCCAACGUAUAUGUCUGCUUGUAAAGCAUUAAGUCUUUUGGGUGAUGAUGUUGAAUGGGUUGAUGCUGUACACCAGGCUUAUCAUUGGCAAUUUGGGGAUCGCCUUCAUGCUGAAAUAUUGAAUUAUACUAUGAAAGAGAUUGAACAAGUGUUGAUUCAGAGUGGCCGGUCGUUGAGUUCCUUUCCAACCUUACCGCAGAUUGACCAUACUUCGGAAGAUAGAUUUAUCAACAGGUUGGUUCAAUUUGAGAGAGUGUAUGAUGCUAAUGAGGAAAGGACACAUUUUAUUAAGCAAUACGCUGGAUUGAAUAGUCAACAAAAGGAAGUGUUUGAUAGUAUAUAUUCUGUUGUUCAGGCUAGAAAAGCAGGCGUAUUUUUUGUGUUAGGUAGUGGAGGAACUGGGAAAACGUUCUUAUGGACGACCCUUAUAGCUCGUAUUCGAUCAAAUAAUGAGAUAGUUUUGACUGUUGCGUCAUCUGGUAUUGCUUCCUUAUUACUACCUGGUGGGCGUACAACACAUUCUCGGUUUCGCAUCCCUAUUGAAGUUGAUAAGGACUCUUGUUGUGCCAUUGAUGUUGGUUAA